CAGAGGCAGAGCCACUCAAGCCUGUGAUUUGUCAGGGAAAUCUCGGCCACCUGCUCCCCUCAUGCAAAUGAACCCAACCCCUGACAGCUGCUCCUUGGGCCUCCUACUCUAAGCCCUAUGUUCCCUCUGAGCUUGGCCAAGACUUAGGAAGCCUGAUCCUUCUGACUCCUGCCUUCACAACCCCAACAGAACCCCGUGAGUCGUGGGGGCAAGGAGUGGGCCAAACCCGAUGGGAGCAAGGAAUUGGGUUGCCCUCUACUUGCAAUCCUUUCUCCACCCAGAGCAGGGGCAGGCCUGUCCAUCCUUCUCUCUGAAUCCCCUGUACUUCUCCUCCCUCUAUUCCCCCCCCCACCCCCAUCAGACCCUGGGGCAGCUGGUUGGGGUUUGUUGGGAAGAAGGAUUAUCCAGAUCAGUCCCUUCUAAUCUCAGCCCAGCCUGUACCCUCCCUGUAUUCACCAGAACCCUCCUUCCCCACCAUCCUGAGCUAAGGAACACAGUUUUGGGUAUUGACAAUGGGCCAUCUCUCACUCUCAUAUUCUGGCUCUUGGCCUGGUUGCUAGGUAAGCCCUGACUGCCAAGAUCAUCACCACUGGUGGGGGCCAGGGCCUGAGGGGGCUGCUGGAGCUAUAGUGUCUACAGCUCCUUUGCGUCCUCCCCAUCCCCAUCCCUUAAUCCUCACAGCUUUGCUCUAAUCCCAUGGGGCCUGAUGCUCUUCUCUCUGCCUGCAGAGAGACCUAGCAGGGAAGCACCCCUUCUACUCCUCCGCCCUUUCGGGUUUGUUGUAGGGGGCUGUUCCUCUAGAGCCCCACACUCCUCCUUCCCUCCCUGAGGCUGGGCCCAAGUCCCUCAAGCCAAAUACCUCUCUCCAUGUCCUCUUCCCCCACCCCUGCCAGCUGAUUUCAUUGGCCCUCACUUCCCUGUCAGUGCCCCCCCCCCUCACCCCGCCCUCCCCAGAGUGGGGCCAGGCCGGGCCAGCUCCUCUGGCAGCAGAGCAGGGGCAGGUGACAGGCUGGCCUCGCAGCUGAGGGAGUGAGGAGACGCCUGGGAAUCGGAGCCGGAAACCUGGGAGAGUUUCCAGUCGGAGUCCAAGAGCCGGAACUACCCCUCAACCUGUCAGCCAUGGGGGAGAUGGAGCAGCUACGGCAGGAAGCGGAGCAGCUCAAGAAGCAGAUCGCAGAUGCCAGGAAAGCCUGUGCUGACAUUACUCUGGCAGAGCUGGUGUCUGGCCUAGAGGUCGUGGGACGAGUCCAGAUGCGGACGCGGCGGACAUUAAGGGGACACCUGGCCAAGAUCUAUGCCAUGCACUGGGCCACUGAUUCCAAGCUGCUGGUAAGUGCCUCGCAAGACGGGAAGCUGAUUGUGUGGGACACCUACACCACCAAUAAGGUGCAUGCCAUUCCGCUGCGCUCCUCCUGGGUUAUGACUUGUGCCUAUGCCCCGUCAGGGAACUUUGUGGCAUGUGGGGGGCUGGACAACAUGUGUUCCAUCUACAGCCUCAAAUCCCGUGAGGGCAAUGUCAAGGUCAGCAGGGAGCUCUCUGCUCACACAGGUUAUCUCUCCUGCUGCCGCUUCCUGGAUGAUAACAACAUUGUGACCAGCUCAGGGGACACCACGUGUGCUCUGUGGGAUAUUGAGACCGGGCAGCAGAAGACUGUGUUUGUGGGACACACGGGGGACUGCAUGAGCCUGGCUGUGUCUCCUGACUUCCAACUCUUCAUUUCGGGGGCCUGUGAUGCCAGCGCCAAGCUCUGGGAUGUGCGGGAGGGGACCUGCCGGCAGACUUUCACUGGCCAUGAGUCGGACAUCAACGCUAUCUGUUUCUUCCCCAACGGAGAGGCCAUCUGCACUGGCUCAGACGACGCCUCCUGCCGUCUGUUUGACCUACGGGCAGACCAGGAGCUGACUGCCUACUCCCAUGAGAGCAUCAUCUGUGGCAUCACAUCUGUGGCCUUCUCUCUCAGCGGCCGCCUGCUCUUCGCAGGCUAUGACGACUUCAACUGCAAUGUCUGGGACUCCAUGAAGGGCGAGCGUGUGGGCGUCCUCUCUGGCCACGACAACAGGGUCAGCUGCCUGGGGGUCACGGCUGAUGGGAUGGCGGUGGCCACUGGUUCCUGGGACAGCUUCCUCAAAAUCUGGAACUGAGGAGGCCAUGAAGACACUCAGCUGCCUCCUCCCCUGCCCAAUUUCUUUAAGAUUCCUUUAAGGCUUUCUCCUCCAUACCCCAGCUGCCAUUCCCACCAAGCUUUCUCCUUUGAGGACAGUGGGAAACAUAGGGGUUGUGCCUUUGGGAGGCAGCAUCAGGGACACAGGGGCAGAGAACUGCCCUAUCGCCUCCCAUGGCCUCCCCUCUCCAUAGUCCUGACAGCUUCUCCCAUAACGAGGAGGACAGCUGACCCCUCCCCAGCCCUUGGCAGGCCCAGCAGUCUUCUAGUGUGAGGCCCUAGGCCCUAGGAUUCCUCCCCUGGAGCUACAACCUUUGUCCAGACUUAGAGUGGCACCGGGUGCUCAGCCCCUUGACCAUGGCUCUGACACCACCAGUGUCCUGGCCCCCUUGUCCUUCAUGCUUUCUCCUUUUUCUACCUUCUUUUUCUCUCCUAAAGCACCUGCAAUAAAGUAAAACUCUAUUAUAUCUGUGAA